CGUGUAAACAGAAAUUACCAGAACUUGCGAGGAGUUGGACUUCAGUUGAGCCGAGGAAACACUUUCUUUGCAUAAUCUACUUUAUGUUAAUUGUGAGAAGCUGUGUGAGAGAUACAAUCACAACAGUUUUCUACCCAUACAAAGAGCAAUCUUCCUCGGCAACCAAUUCCAACAAACUGUGCAGUGCAGAGUGCUGUUUGUGUGCCAGUUUUUCUGUCCGUAUUUGUAAUAAAACACACGGGCUCACACAGUACAGCUAGCUCAGCGAUCGCACAGAGCACAGGCUCAGCUGCUUACCAAAUCCAUUUCACACUACGCUUUGUUUUUGGGGAAGCCGUUCUGUUUUUGGUUUUGCUGGUCGUUCCCGAAUCGUCACCAUGUUUAACUUUGGUUCAAUGUUCGACGACCCAUUUUUCGGCAACGUACAUGAAACUCACCGACGCCAUAUGCAGAGAAUGCAGCAGUCUAUGUUUGACCCUGGCUUAAUGGCCAUAGAGGGCCAGCAGGGCCAUAGAAACGCAGAAGUGAGUCUUGCUCGAAGGGGUCAUCAUCCUCAUAGGUCACCGUCAGGAAGCACUCAAGCUCUGCAGCCAUUUGGAAUGUCACCGGAUCCAUUCAGCAUGGGAUUCGGAAAUAUGUUCGGUAACAUGCAGAGCAUGAUGUCUAACAUGCACCAGAGUUUUGAGGACAUGUCCAAUAAUCCCAACGUGCACUCUUACUCCCAGUCGUCCUUCACAAGCUUCUCAUCAGCAGGAGCAGGCCCUCCUAAGGUCUAUCAAGCAACAUCCUCAACAAGAAAAGCUCCAGGAGGGGUGAAAGAGACAAGACGCUCCGUGAGAGACAGUGAAGCUGGAUUGGAAAAAAUGGCUGUUGGUCACCACUUGGGAGAACGUGCGCACGUCGUUUCACGCUCCAGAAACACACGCACACAGGAAACGGAAGAGCAACAAGACUUCAACAACUUAGAUGAAACGGAGGCCGACUCUUUUAACCAGGAGUGGAGGCAGAGAGCUCAGCCGCUUAUGGGUCAGCAUUCAAAUGGAAGCAGACAUAGAAAUGCAACCCCAGCAAUUACAAAUGGAACCCCUCAAACCAGACACGAGCACAAUACAGUCAGGAGAGACAGGUCCCCGAUGAGACCUAAGGGCCCCAGUCAUGGCGGUCGCAAACACGGCAACAGCAACAGACACAACGAUAACACAAGAUACUAGACAUAACUCAAACUUAACCAUGCUGCUGCCAUCUUGUAAGUUAACACACCUCGCACAAAUGCAUGAAACAACAAUUCUGUGCAAAUUUGGUCUUAAUCUGUUGUGUGUCGGAAGAAAAUAGUGAAAAACCAAGCACAGUUUUCAGCAUGUAAACACAUGGUCCUUUUCUUUGGUUGUAACAGCCAAAAUCAGCUGUUGUAUUUUUUUCAGGGUUUCAGAUGCAGUUUUCUUUAAAGACCAUUUUAAUCGGUAAACUUUUAAACAGUUAUGUUUUUGUUAUCCUUUACCAAUCGGUAUUAUACCUUUAAGGCAGGGAAAAAGUCUGGUGCCUUGUAAGUGUCUUGAAAACUUGAUGGAGAAAUCUGACUAACAAACAGGCAACAGCAUGGUGAAAGUCUGGUACCUUGUUUGUAACACUGCCAUCAUUCUUUCCACUGUAAACCACAAGUUUGCAUCCUGGUUUUGUGUCAAGCUUUUUGUUUUAAUUGACCUUUACUACCUUUGUCAGACUCAGCUGUGUAAUGGAUUGUUCAUUUUUGUUCUAGAUUUCUCCCUCGGCAUUUUCAGUUUAUAGUUUCUAUAUUCUAGUUUCAGAAAGAUGAUCUGUUUCAUUAUUUAUGGUUAUAUUGCAAUGAAUAGUUUAGUAUACCUUUGGAUAAUUAAUCAAAGGUACUUUACGUUUCUGUUUAUGUUCUUUUUUUUUGUCUUUUUCUUUAGUUAUACAAACUUGAAAUGGAAUCGAAUCAAGGAAAGUCUUAAAGGCCUAUUAUUAUUAUUAUUUUUCAUUGCCUCAUUGUUUCUACACUUCAUUUAUAAAUUACACACUAUGUAUUUGUGUAACAAACUGUGA